AUGUCGAGCAGACAGGGUGGCAAAGCCAAGCCUCUCAAGGCCCCCAAGAAGGAGAAGAAAGAUUUAGACGAGGAGGAUGUUGCCUUCAAGGAGAGGAAGAAGCAGGAAGAGGCUGCACUGAAGGCUGCUCGGGACAAGGCUUCCAAGGGAGGCGCGCCGGGUGGUGGCAUCAAGAAGUCGGGCAAGAAGUAA